AUGAAUUUUAAACCUGCCAGAUUUUCUGGUUUAAUAAAAAAAAUCAAUAGUAAUAAUAAUGGCCGUUUUAUGUAUAAUAAAUCAUAUAAUGAUAUUAUUAAUAACAACAAAAAUUACAGUAUCAAUAGAUGGAAUAAGCCUAAAACAAUUUCAGAACAAUCCGAAGAAUUAAAAUCAAAAAAAUCUGCUAUUAAUUACAAAGAAAGCCAUAUAUUUAACAAAAGUUUUGAUUUUAAACAAGUGAAAAAAGAUGAUUUUAAUAAUGUUUUUUCACCAGUAGUAACAGCAGAAACACGUAAAACAAAAUUUAGUAGGAAGGCUCGUGAAAAGGAGGAAGAGGAGGAAGAAGAUUUUGAAUUAAUUAUUGAUGAUGACAAACCAAAGAAAAAACCUUUACCACCACCAAUUGAACAAAAGAUUCAAAAAGCAAUUUUUAUUCCUGAAGCUAUAAGUGUUUCAAAUUUAGCAAAGAUAAUUGGUGAAAGGUUAGAGUUAUUUGAAGCUAAAUUAAAAACCUUGGGAAUAGAGUAUACAUCAUAUGAUCAUUUAUUAAACUCUGAGGUAGCAUCUUUAAUUGCAAUGGAAUAUGAUUUAAAUCCUGUGGUAAAUGUUGAAGCAGCUAUUGAUCUUUUCCCAAAACCAAAGCCUUUAGAUAUGUCACAAUUUCCUAAUCGGCCACCAAUUGUGACAAUUUUUGGACAUAUAGAUCAUGGAAAAUCAUCAAUAGUAGCAAAAGAAGCUGGUGGAAUUACACAACACAUUGGUGCAUUUUCUGUUAUCACGUUUCUUGAUACACCCGGACAUGCAGCAUUUUCAGCUAUGAGAGCGCGUGGUGCAAAUGUUACAGAUAUAGUGAUUUUGGUUGUUGCAGCAGAUGAUGGUGUGAUGCCUCAAACCAUAGAAGCAAUUACACAUGCACAAAGUGCCAAUGUACCAAUAAUAGUAGCCAUAAACAAAGUUGAUAAACAUGGUGGAGAUCCAAAUAAAAUACGCCAAUCACUAUUAUUACACGGUGUGCAGCUUGAAGAAUAUGGUGGUGAGACACAAUCUGUAGAAAUAUCUGCUUUAACGGGUAAAGGUUUAGAUGAUUUGGAAGAGGCUAUAAUAGCAUUAGCAGAAUUAUUGGAUAUACGUGCUGAAUUUGAUAUGGAAUCUGAGGGCCAAGGAAGCAUAAUAGUAGCGGGAAAAAGUUGGUGUAAAGUAAAGUCAAUGAUUGACGAUAAAGGUGGAAUUACUAAACAAGCUUUACCUGGUACGCCUGUUAAAGUAACUGGUUGGAAGGAAUUGCCAAAUGCAGGAGAUGAAGUACUUGAGGCUAAAGAUGAAGAUUUGGCAAAAAUUGUAGUAGAAAAUCGAAAACAAAAAGAAUUACGAGACAAACAACUCAAAGAUCUUGAAGUGAUUAAUGAAAAAAGAAGAAUCAGAAAACAAGAGUUAGAUAAUGAAAGAAGUGAAACUAAAAAUUUUAAAAAAGAAGUUUGGAUGUUUCAUAAAGGAUUAUUAUCAGAGUAUCCCACACCGCCACCCCCACCAUCUCAAUCAGAUCCCAUUAAAGAAGAAAAAACCGAAGAAAAUAAAAUUAAAGAACUAAAUUUGGUGGUUAAAGGUGAUGUCAGCGGAUCAGUGGAGGCAGUUAUUGAUGCACUUUAUGGUUUAGGAAAUAAUGAGGUUAGAGUUAAUGUUGUUGAUUUUGGUGUUGGUGAAAUCACAGAAUCAGAUAUUGAAAUGGCAUCAGUUGCUAAAGGAUUCAAUGUUAAAGUGAACAAAAAGGUACAAAAUCGCUCCAAAGUAGAAAACGUUGAGAUAAAUUGUUAUCAAAUAAUUUAUAAAUUGUUGGACGAUAUUAAAGCGAGAUUAAGUGAGAUGUUGCCACCUAGAAUAGAAAUUAAUGUGACAGGUGAAGCUAGUGUAAUACAAAAUUUUCAAAUCAAUGUUAAAGGUAAAAAUUUCAAAUCUAUAGCAGGUUGUCGAGUAACAAAGGGUACAAUUCGUAAAAAUCAAAGUGUCAAAAUUAUUAGAAAUAAGAAAGAAAUUUGGGAAGGAGCUUUGGAAACUUUAAAACAUAUUAAAAAAGAUGUUAACGAGGUAAACAAAGGUUUAGAAUGUGGUGUUUCAUUUAAUUCUUUUGAAGAUUUUAGAGUUGGUGAUAUUAUUCAAAGUUUAGAGUAUAAAAAAAUACCUAGAACCUUAUAA